CCAUUGAUGAUGAUCUGCAAGUUGCUGAGACUAAGAAGGCAGGAGCACUUGUCGCCGGUGGGGGUAUUGCCGCAGCUAAAGCGGCAAAAGGAGGUGCCGGCGCAGCAGCAGCCAAGGGUGGCGCCUUCGGUGCCGGAUUUGCCAAAGGAGCAAAGAAGGGUGGAUUUGCAGCAGGAGCAGCUGCUGGAGCAGCUGGCUUUAAGAAAGGCGGAAAAGUAGCAGGUGGUGCGGCUGCCGCUAAAGGAUUCAAAAAAGGCUUCAAAGGAGCCAAGUUUGGCAAGGUUUCAGCAGCAGGGUUUGACAAAAAGUUUGGACUUGUGAAAAUGUUUGGACAUGCUAAGGGAUUCAAGUUUUCAAAGGCUGGAGGUGCUUUUGCUGCUGGUGGCGCUGCUGGUGGAGCUGCCAAAAAGGGCGCUUUCAUGAAAGCAGGAGGUGCUGCCGGUUUCAAGAAGGGAAAGAAGGCAGGCAAGGCAGGAUUUGCAGCAGCUGGUGGUGCAAAGGGAGGCAAAUUCGGCAAGGGUUUUGCUGCGGCAAAGGGUUUCAAAGCAGGCGCUGCAGGUGCAGCGAUGAAGAAGGGAGCGAUGAAGAAAGCUGGCGGUGGAUUUCUCGGUUAA